GCAAGCAGUGAGCUCAGCUGAUGAGUCAGAGCCAUGCAGUCAUUCCCCUCUGCAGAGCAAGACUUGGGGAAAACAGUCUCCUUGUAGCUGGAGCUGACUGAUCUACACCACACCAGCCCUACUUCUCCUUGGACUGCCACAGCUUUGGCCAUGUUCAGCCUGGCUGUGCCACCGCUUGAAGGAACUUGAUACCGUUUAGCAAGAUGGGUGAUGAAGCGGAGUAGAUCACUGGAUACAAGAUCUACACAAUCGCAACCUAUAAGGAACGUCAUCUUUUGUAGUUUUUUUUUUUUUGUAUUUUUGAUUAGAUGCCUUUGGAGAAAUCUUCUGACUUGCAUGAAGUUUGAUUACCAUGAGUCAGCAGCCUCAGCAGAAGGCUUCGAAUAAAAGGACGGGAAAAAGAAUAACUUUUUUCAGUGACCCGCAAGUCCACCCCGUGACUAAUAAAGAGCAGCAAUUGAAAGACCAGCAGUUAUAUGGGACGGUGUCUCGGUUGCCUAUCUCCCAGGGUUCUGAAUUGACCAAGCCAAAUUCUUAUUCUGCUGCACCUAACAAUAUGCUGAACACAGUCAUGUACACUCAAGAGAGACCUGACGGCAUCAGGAUUACCCAGCAGCAGGUUCCUGGAAAGUGGACCGCUGGUGAUCGCAAUGAAGCCACUUGGGCGGCUCAGCAAGCCAACAUGUGGCAGAGAAGUGCAGCUGGCUAUCCUGUGCAGAUGGUGCCUUCAUAUUACAACCAUCAUGAGCCGAUCAAGAGAAGCCAAGAUAAGGGAGUUGGAGUGUCCCAGUUAGACAUGUAUGGGGAUGCUCUACAGCAAAUGAUGUCUCAGAAGACACAGUUGGAGCAGCAUCAGCUAGCUCAGCAGCAGGCCCAUUUAAACUCCAUUUUGCAAGCCCAACAACAACAGCAACAGCAGCAGCAGCAGCAACAACAACAGCAGCAGCAGCAGCAUCACCAAUCUCAGCAUCUUGCGUUGCAAUCUUUCCAAAUGGCAUUUGGACAUCAGGGUCAAAAAACAUCACUGCAAAAUAUAUUCCAUGUGUUUCCAGAUGCUCAAUCGAAUGCCAUGUAUGCCGCUCAGCAGAAGCAACAGCAGGCUCUUCCUAAACUGCCGCUGUUUGAGAAUUUUUACCCCUCACAGCAGCAGCAACAGGCAGCUUAUGCCAUGCAGCAAGGCGUUCCCCUAAACCAGCAUGCAGCUACCCAGCAGAAGAUCUCUGUGAUGAGCCAGCCACAACGUGUUCCCACAUCCGAGGAAUACAUGAAAGUUUUUGCCGAGCAGCAGAGCCAGCAGUCCGUUCUGCCCAAAUCUCAAAUACCCUUGCCACGCAGGUCACGAAGACUUUCCAAAGAAGGACCAGAACCUUUACCUCCCACUGGGGUUGGACAUUCAAAUAACCCUUAUGCACACCACCAGUACGAGCAGGGAGUGCAACAACAGAUGUGUGUCCAAGAGAGGUACAAGCCGAUUGCGCCAAGAGAUGCCCAAGAAACCCAGCAUGGCAACCGCCAUGAUGCAGACAAUAUGUCUCUACCUCAGAAUGGUAGAAGAGAGGUCCAGCCAGCUGACCAAAACUCCAUGGGGCCAAUGCAGCCUGAUGGCGCAGGAGCUGUGACUGUGAUCCAGUCAACCCGGCGAAGGCGCCGCAUAUCGCAAGAGGCCAAUUUAUUUACCUUGGCACAAAAAGCAGCAGAAAUGCCAAAUCUUGAAAACACUAAGGAUAGUGAGACUUUAGGAGUGAAGAAUGAGACUUUGAAGAGCAAUGCAGAAAUUCCUGGUGCAUCAUCCCCUAAGAAGGCCCGAGGGGAAGGAGAAUUGAGACCCCUGGUAAUGCCGGUGUCUGUACCGGUGAAAAUAGAUACUGGCCGAGAAAAGGGAGAUGAUGAAAGGACAGUAACGUCUGAAAGGCUUCCAUCUGCAUCAAUGCCAUCUGUGAUCGUAACAAGGCAUAGGGCUGGGCAUACAGGUGUCUCCGAACCUGCUGUACAGAACAAUGACACCGCUUUGUCAGAGGUUCCUUGCCGAAAGCCCAAGCAGCGACCAAGACCAGAACCAUUGUUUAUCCCUCCCAAGCCUGGCACGUUUGUUGUCCCAGUUUACACCAACAUAACUCCUUAUCAAAGCCACCUCCGCUCUCCCGUUCGAGUUCCUGAGCACCUGAGUGACAGAAACUUUGAGUUGCCCCCUUACACACCGCCUCCAAUCCUCAGCCCUGUGCGUGAGGGCUCUGGACUUUACUUCAAUGCCAUCAUAUCGGCUAACACACAUUCAAUGCCUCCACCAAUUACCCCAAAAAGCAGCAUGAGAACCCUGCUGAGAUCUAACAGUGGAGAAGACAUGCCGCCCUUGCUAACAGCAGAAGCAACGCCUGUUAGCCUUGAACCACGUAUUAACAUUGGCGCACGCUUCCAGGCAGAUAUUCCUGACUGCGGAGACAGAAGUCUGGCCUCUGCUGACAAGUAUAAAGCAGACUUGGUUUGGUGUCCCCUGGAUAACUUGGAUGAUAAUAAAGCAGUUGAGGAGUUGCUGACAGCAGCCUGCUCCAGCAUCGUACCAGGCGGAGGCACCAAUCAGGAGCUAGCCCUUCACUACCUUCAUGAGUCCAAAGGGAACAUUUUGGCCGCUCUUACAAAGCUGCUAUUGAAGAAACCAAAAAGGCACAAAGACCAUCACCUGGCAAACUAUCAUUACUCUGGUUCAGACAAGUGGUCUGUAAACGAGAAGAGACUUUUCAACAAGGGAAUGGCCAUCUACAAGAAAGACUUUCUGCUGGUUCAGAAACUGAUUAAAACAAAGACGGUGGCGCAAUGCGUAGAGUUUUACUACACCUACAAAAAGCAAGUGAAGAUAGGACGUAACGGCAUGCUGAUAUUUGGAGAUGUGGAGCUUGCAGCCGAUGAGAAAAGCCCUAGAGAAGAUUCAGAGAUUGAUAUAAAGACUUCUCAGCGACUUGGAGCAGGCAUUCCUCCCCAAAACACAGAAGGUGAUGAUGCAGAGACGGAGAAUAAUGUGCACGCCGCAAUGGAAGAGGAGGAUGAAAGGAGUAAUGCGCCUUCCCAAAUGAAAGUUACACAAACUUUACAAGCCAGUGAAAUAUCAAAUGACACACUCAUCUUAAGAAAUCAAGACAUGGACAUGUCAUUGACAGUAAAGACCCCCAAACCGAGGGGGCGAAGACCACGGGCGAGUAUUCCUGCAGAUGAUGCAAAAAAGACUGAGAAUGCAAACAAGACUCCAGCAGCACAAGAGGGCACUUUCCCUUGUAAAAAAUGUGGCAGGGUCUUCUUUAAAGUGAAAAGCCGCAGUGCACACAUGAAAAGCCACUCGGAACAGGAAAAGAAGGCAGCGGCUCUGAAGCAGAGUGAAGCGGCUGCUGCGGCUGCUGCGAGGGCAGCUUUAGCCGCGCGGUCCCGUCAGAUGGAGAGCAGUGACAACGGGAGCAGCAGUGACAGCGGAAGCAUGACCAGCAGCAGCAGUGAGAGCUGUGACAGUUCAGAUGGUGAGAUAUAACUGGAGCUCUCCGCUGGCGCAGUGAGGCUGGAACCUCGCUUCAUUCCCUUAACUUUUUUUUUGUUUUUUGUAAUUGAACGCUUGCAAUUUCUGCAAGAAUCAAACUGAUGAACAGUAGACUCGGGACUUUUUAUCUUCUUAAAUUAACUAUUUAUUUGGUAAUCUACAGUGUAUCAUAUGUUUUGGAAAGUAAACCUAUAUUUUCUAUCUUACCCUUGUGCCUGUAAAGACAAGUUACAUAAAGAAAAAAAAAAUCUAUUCUGCAAGCCAACGUUCGUCUUCUUUCCUUUAAAACCUGCAACCAGGAGGCUUCCUAAAGAAACAUUUCUGUUGUGGACCUUGCUUGGUUUUCCUGUCACUGUGGAAAGUGCAUUUUAUUCAGUUGUAUUCUUCUUUAGUAGCAUUCACUGUAUUGGAAUGUGGAAUUUUGCACAAACCCGUGAGUGCGCUACUGCCGAGGUUUGACAUUUUACUGAAUGAUCAUCCGUAUUGAAGUUUGUCUAUCCCUGCCAAAGAUCAAAAGGGCUACUUGGACAGCGGUGUGACCGCAACACUGCUGCCAUGCUACCCUUUCAGGACAACCUCCUUCGUUGUCCUCCAUCAGUUGUAUCUUGGUCUACCUGACGUCUGGGCAAGAUCUGUGUAAUAAAGUGUGCCUUGUAGCCUGCGCCUAAAGAGCACAAAUUAUCUGGACACAGUAGAAGCGGCCAUUUUAUGGGUUAAUCUUGUACAAGGCCUCAUCCACACGGCAGUGUCUGUAUUGUGAUCUGCAAACCAAGGAUCCGCAAAAUGCGACAUCUUCCGUGUGCAAUCUGCAUUUUUCUUACUCCCAUUACUAUAGAUGCCUAUAGUUGUUCGCAAUACGGACCAAAAUAGGACAUGCCCUAUAAUUUGCAGAACAGACACGCGGAUGUAAAAUGAAUGGGUCAGUUUGCAGUCGGUAAAAAAUGCAGAUCGGACUCGGAUACAAAAUGCAGUUGUGUGCAUGAGGCCUAAUGUUCAUAGUUUGGGCAGCCUAUCCAAUCUCGGGGGAGGUGUGCGCUCCGUUUUCUCAUAUAUGUCUAAGUGGGAGAAGCUAAAGACAUCCCACCAUAUUCAAAAUGGCUCCCAGAGCUGCUGUCAGUGGGUAUGGAGUCUUCAUCCAGUUAAGAAACUGUAGUGCUGUUCACUUUGACAAUGCACAAUCUUCUUCUGGUGCAUAGUUAUCAGCAGUGAUAGGACGCUACACAUGGAAAUGAAUGAGAAUCCAUGUGUGCACUUACCUAUUGUAACCUGAUUCUAAAUCCUACAGAAAUAUACAAAUUUGAGGAAGAAGGGGAU